GGUUGGGACUCAGAGUACUGUGUCCUAGUCACAAAGAGAGGCAGAGACGCAGAGGGGACUGUCGGCUGGUGCAGGCAGAACCAAAAGAUAUUUAAUCAGCAAUUAGAAACACCUGAGGGCAAGGGAAAUUCUACUCCAGCCUCGAGCCUCAUCUCUCAGCCCGCAGCAUGCUGCUCGGCAGAAUGGCCACGGAGGAGCGGCACCUCUCCUCCAGCUGUGGGUCCUUCAUCAAGACCGAGCCCUCCAGCCCGUCUUCUGGCAUCGACGCCAUCAGCCACCACAGCCCGAGUGGCUCCUCCGAUGCUAGCGGUGGCUAUGGCAUCGCCAUGGGUGGCCACCCCAAUGGCCUAGACUCACCCCCCAUGUUCAAUGGCACGGGGAUUGGUGGUGGGUCCUGCCGUAAGCGUUACGACGACUGUGCCAGCGCCAUCAUGGAGGACUCACCCACCAAGUGCGAGUACAUGCUCAAUGCAAUCCCCAAGCGGCUGUGCCUGGUGUGUGGGGACAUUGCUUCUGGGUACCACUACGGCGUGGCUUCCUGUGAGGCAUGCAAAGCCUUCUUCAAGAGGACUAUUCAAGGGAAUAUUGAAUACAGCUGCCCGGCUACCAAUGAAUGUGAGAUCACAAAACGGAGGCGCAAAUCCUGUCAGGCCUGUCGCUUCAUGAAAUGCCUCAAAGUGGGGAUGCUAAAAGAAGGUGUUCGUCUGGAUCGAGUCCGUGGAGGCCGACAGAAAUACAAGAGGAGACUGGAUUCUGAGAGCAGCACUUACCUGAGCUUACAGAUCCCUCCCCCAGCUAAAAAGCCACUGACUAAGAUCGUCUCCCACUUGCUGGUGGCUGAGCCAGAGAAGAUUUAUGCCAUGCCUGAUCCAACCAUGCCAGAGAGUGACAUCAAAGCCCUGACAACCCUCUGUGACCUGGCAGACAGGGAACUGGUGGUGAUCAUUGGCUGGGCAAAGCACAUCCCAGGGUUCUCCAACCUCUCCCUCGGGGACCAGAUGAGCCUUCUUCAGAGUGCCUGGAUGGAAAUUCUCAUCCUGGGCAUUGUGUACCGCUCCCUGCCAUAUGAGGACAAGCUGGUCUAUGCUGAGGACUACAUAAUGGAUGAAGAGCACUCUCGUCUGACAGGGCUGCUGGAGCUCUACCUGGCCAUUCUUCAACUGGUGCGCCGCUAUAAGAAGCUCAAGGUGGAAAAGGAGGAGUUUGUCACACUCAAAGCUCUGGCCCUUGCCAACUCAGACUCCAUGCACAUAGAGGACAUGGAUGCAGUGCAGAAACUCCAGGACCUUCUCCACGAAGCCCUGCAGGACUACGAGCUGAGUCAGCGCAAUGAGGAGCCCCGGCGAGCAGGCAAGCUGCUCCUGACCUUGCCCCUCCUGCGGCAGACGGCUGCCAAAGCUGUGCAGCACUUCUACAGCAUUAAACUGCAGGGCAAGGUUCCCAUGCAUAAACUCUUCCUAGAAAUGCUAGAGGCAAAGGUCUGACAGCCCCAGCGCCAGCCGACAGUGGCCGGGGAACAAACUAGAAACAAAGAUGCAGACAACGGAGUAAUCCAAACAGCAGCAGCAGCCACCGCCGGCUUUUAUCUCCAAUCAUUUAUUAUGGAAGAAUUAUUUAAUGUCUAUCUGUCGGCGUGACUGCAGAAUCUUGUGUACAGAAGGGGGGAAACUUUUAAUCAGUCACCUGUUUCUCUUUUUUUCGUUGUUUUCUCUGUGGGAAAUACCAGAAUAUGCUCUUGCACUUGUUGAGGUGGUCAUCGGGGCUUAGCCCCUCUGAUCAGCGAUGCUCUCAGCGCUGUCCAGGCUGCCUGCUCCCCAGCUCCCUCUGCCAGUGCUGGAGGGGGAGUGGGGACAAAAGCAGGAAGAGAGGAAGAACAGUCAAUAUAAACUUUAUCUGCUGGUGUUAUGAGGGGUCAGUUAGAAAGGGAAGCAGCCGUGGUCCUUCUUUUUGUCACCUUUCUGCCUCUAACCAUAGAGCAGAUGCUCCUUUGGAGAAGAGCACUGCUGGACCUCUCCUGAACAAAAAGGUUGCCUCCCAGGCUCCUCUAACACUUGUACAUACAGGCCCCACUUCUUACCGGGAAAGAUGCUCCUAACUGUGUAAGAUAUUCUGCGACCUUGUACAGUGUGUCAUUACGCCUGGCUAGUCCAUCCCAUGUACAAUCCCUGCAGGCCCCUGAAGAGGUAGGAUGUAUGUCCCUGAGAAAAUGCAAGUCUUUCCCAAAUGAUAAGAGAAAAGAGCCUGAUAUGCUGGGUUGACUUGAUAUCUCUGCAUCCUCUCCUAUGUGGUGCUAACUACAAUUCUUCCACACUUUUCACCCUGUAGUGUAUCAAACCUGCCUCUUCAGCUCAGCUGAGUACCAUUCCCCACUUGUUCCUUGUGGCAGAGAACACAAGGUUUGUCUGCAUGGUUACUGCCCAAGUAUCAAUACACCCCAAACCAGAUCUUUCCUAGACUUCACUAAAUGAUAGCUCUUUGCCUCCACAGAGACUUAGGCUUAAUGCCAAAUUCUAGUUAGGAAUCAAGGGCACUGCUUUUCAGAGGAGGCAGCUCCAGAGCCUGAGAGAUUAUUUUUUUGUGACAGCCUAGGGAAAUAAAUUAGACAGUGGCAUAAGACUCCCGAUACUCCAACUACUGUCUUCCCCUGCCUCAUCCCAUUAUCCUCAACAGUAGGAAAAGAGCAAACAUAUAUUAUACCUGGGGCUGUAAGAGGCUCUCUUCCUGAUCAAAAAGCAAAUACCUGACCUUGGGUUGGUAGAAGAAGAACUGGAGUAAUGUUUAUUUACUCCUCUUACAUACCCAGGUUUCUGCUGUCUCCAAGGCCUGGUUUAUCAGCUCUGCUGCCUAAGCCAUACCUGCUGCAUUCUCAGUAGCCGGAGGGAAAUGUAGGUGACGGACAAAAUUGACUGCUGGCAUUCUUUGAGACUUUAUUUUCUAGGUCACUUAGUUUUAAGCUAGCCUGAGCUGACACAACCUGAGUGUCCUGUCUCUUUUGUGGUCAGCAGCAAGGCAGUAGAGGUGAGGAAAAGCCUCUGAUCUACAUUUGAGACACCACUGACUCUAUUACCUCUGUUCUCCUCAAGCUUCCAUCCCUUCCUGGCUUCCCCAGGAGACAGGUGGUAUGGCAGAGGAGUAACUUGCCCCCAGCAGGAAGUCUUCCAAACCAGGGUUGCAGUGUGUGAUCAGAGAGACACUGAGUGCUUGUUUUCUACUGGAGCAGAAUGUGUCACAGCAGGGCUGUCAGUGCUGCAGAACCCUGCCCGGCAGACUGAGCUAUGGAUGCUGACUGAUGGUGACCUCUCAGCUCUUGUAGCCAGCCCUCACCUUGUACUUCAGUUAGUUCAGUUCAUCUCCUUUGAGUUCUUCCUACACUACACAGUUGUAGCUACUUCACUCAUUUUGUACUUCGUUGAUAAAGGAAUUCAGUCUUACUUCAGGCAUAUUAGUAAACCAACAGAGACCUAAAGGGCAGAAGGCACAUGGGAACUGGAACUCCAACAGCAGUAGCAAUUACACAGUGGUCUUGUGCUUUGAGCAGAUACUCAUGCUUCUCUCCCCAGCUUCCUCCCAGAGGCAGCUGGUGAGAAAAUGAGAGGCUUUUGGUUGCACUCAUGAUCCCUGUACCCAUCUGUGACCGAGGGACCAAAGUAAAAUGCAUGCCACUACUAUAGAGCCAGCUUGCCAUGUGCUGCACUCUGGUAACUCUUCCUGGCUCUGGCCACUCCUGAAGGAGUGGUUUUGCAGGUGUGUUAUGUUGCUUUAUUGCCUGUAAGUUUGACUUGACCACUGUUGCAGUCUUGCCAAGUAUGACCCAGCUCAGCCACAGCACAUUGUAUCCCAACUUGCUGUACAAAGGUAGCUGUCCCAAAAUGGGCUGAAAAGAUCCUAAGAAGCAAUUCUUACUCUGUCAGGCCCUGCUGGAAAGGUCACUUACACAAAAAAAAAAAAAAAAAAAAAAAAAAAAAAAAAAAAAAAAAAAAAAAACCAAAAAGACCCCACCAAAAACACCCACCCAAAAAAAGCCCAAAAGGCUCUUCUAUCUUUGUUGUAUUUGGACUCAGGCUGCUUUCCAGAACAGAGAGCCAGAAGUAUUUACAAAACACAAUUAUGGAAAGCUGCCGAGUUAACUUCUAGCUCACAGAAACUGCUGGCUAUUUAGAGUAGGGCUAUGGUAUGGAGGAAACUCCUGCCUUGACAGAGCAAUAUAAAGAUACCAAAUGCAUUUUUUUCCAGGAACUUCUUUCUCCAUUAAAGCUGCAUAACCUUGGAGCCCAUCUGAAUAUCCUCCAUUGCUUGAAGAUAAUAUGCAGGGAAAUGUUUGAAUUGCUUCUGAAAUACGAUGGGAACUGAACCAGACAGUACUUAGCAUAUAUUAAUCUCUUUAAACAAGGAAUGCAAACUCUCCCCAGGAACUGGGACAGAAACACCUGUCUAGAUUUAACCCUUAAAAGGCUUGUACCAUCCUAAAUUGGGAACCAGGUCAGGUCUCUUGGGCCCUUCAGGCAAGUGCAGGAAUCACAUACGCCUGUUCCCAGUUACUCUGAUCUGCUGUGCAUCACUGGUAUUAUCACACGGCCGCUGAGGAUGGUAACAUCUUAGUGUAGUCGUCUCAGUGCGCUUUGAAGGACAAAAUUAAUCUUCAGCAACUGCUUAGGUCUUUGAAUGCUCACAGUCUCUUAUAAAAAGGUCUGGAGAUGUGGAAGGUGAGGCAUGAACUAGGAAAUGGGGUUUGGGUCAAUGCUCUUAUGCUGCUCACUUGUAAUAUAAGAAUCACAGAGUCAGGUCCAUACACCUUUCCUUCUUCACAGAUCAAAAAAUGAUGGAGCUUGAGCCAUUGGGACACAAACGGGCUCUAUGACUUAAAGAAAAGCAAAGCAGUAGAGGUAAGUGUAUCAGUGACAGUUAAUAAUAUGAAGCGCACACCAGCAACUACAGUAAAAGCAGCUCCAGCCCCUGAUUUGCAUAUGUGGAUAACAGAAACCAGGUACCUGUCAGCUACUACAAAAGGCAAUUCUUCCCAAGUGACCAGCUCUUCUGUUUUAGGCACAUUCUUCUCUGGGAACACCAGUGUCUGGCCUGUAAUGCAAAACAAAUUUCAUGGGGAUCAAUUAAAAUAAAAGGUAAAUUACCACACGGAAUUUUGGUUUCUGAGAAAACUUGGGCAUUACACCUCGCAGCAAAACUGUGAAGCUACAAGAAAUGCCCCCAUAACAAUCAGGACCUUGCAAUAUUGCUCAUGCUAAGGGGGCAUUGUUUUCAUACGCUCUGUCAUCUUUUUUUUAAAACUAUUAUAAGUAUAUAAAAUAAAACAUGCUGCACCAGAAACAUGUAAGCAGCUAUUAGAGGGGAAAGUCAUUGAGAAAGACCCUAGAAUGUAACUUGUUGAGCUUAUAUUACCAAUCAGAGCUAAGAAAAAAGAGCUUCCACUUUGUAUCCACAAGCUAUAGUCAAUCAUAUGGCCAAAGGUCACUCUGUUGUUCUUGUGGCUGGGUUAUGUGGAGAAGUCGGAGAGAGACAGAGGCUGUGAGAAUGAUGCAGGGAGUCAUAGACGGUGAAAUAAACAGUAUCUACUUAACUAUUAUCUGCUCCUAAAAAAAUAAAAUAAAUAAAAUAAAAUAAAAUUAAAAAAAAAAAAAAAGAAAAACCUGUUAAAUAAAUUGUAUUCCUGUGCUACAGGUCAUUUCAAUCAAAACAAGAAAUAAAACACAGAAAUGUAAAAACUAA